AUGAAGAUCGCCUGGCUGCUUUGCUUCGCGGGGUUGCUCGGUGCCUCUGUCGCAUCCACUGGCCUUAGCAAGAGAACGACAGUGAGCGACAUCUUGACUGAUAUCGAAGACGCCACGACAUGUGCUGCCUGUGAGGCCUUGCUCGUUGUCCUCCAAGCGCUUGCGCACUUGGGCAAUGAUGACUUUGUAGAUGUUAUUACUGAAGUGUGCAUCCUAGCCGAGGUCGAUGACGACGAUGUGUGCGAGGGCGCUAUUUCGCGCGAAGGACCUAUUCUGGCUCACGAUCUACGCAACAUGGAUGUCCCCUCCAAGACUGCAGUUCUCUUCUGUACUACCAUCUUCGGUUUGUGUGAUUAUCCCGCCGUGGCUGAGUACACCGUCGAUUUCCCCUCAGCCAAGCCCGCAAACGCGUCUCGGCCUGCUUCAAGUGGAGAGACCCCGCUGCAAAUCGUCCACAUUAGUGAUAUCCACGUCGAUCUGUCUUACGAGACUGGCGCCAGCUACAACUGCACCAAGAACAUUUGCUGUCGUCCCUAUACCGCCUCCGAUGAGCCUGGAGUGACGGACUAUCCUGCCGGAGAAUAUGGGAACCACAAUUGUGAUGCCCCUCUCACCCUGGAGGAGAGCAUGUACGCAGCCAUUAAGGAGCUCGUCCCAGACUCCUCGUUCACCAUCUUCACAGGUGACGUAGUAGAAGGCGCCGUGUGGCUGGUCAACGAGACAGAGGUGACCAAUGACCUCAACGACGCCUACAAGACCCGGAUGCCCAACUACCUCAACCUCGUCUACGGCGUCACGGGCAACCACGACACCGCUCCCGUGAACUCCUUCCCCACAUCGGACAUCGACACGACCAUCUCCAGCCAGUGGGCCUACGACACCCUGUCAGCGGACUGGAGCCAGUGGAUCGGCUCCUCCGCCGCCAGCACCGCGGACGACUACGGCUCGUACUCGGUCAAGUACCCGGACGGCAACCUGCGCAUCAUCUCCUUCAACACCAACUUCUACUACAAGGAGAACUUCUGGCUGUACGAGCAGACCAUGCUGACGGACCCCAACGGCCAACUCGCCUGGCUGGUCAGCGAGCUGGCCGCCGCGGAGACCGCUGGUGAGCGCGUCUGGCUGAUGGGCCACAUGCCCAUGGGCUCCAGCGACGCCUUCCACGACGGCUCCAACUAUUUCGACCAGAUCAUCCAGCGCUACGACGCCACCAUCGCCGCCGUCUUCUACGGCCACACCCACAAGGACGAGUUCGAGAUCGCUUACUCGGAUUACGCCAACCCCUCCGCCGCCUCCGCCACCAUGAUGUCCUACAUCGCGCCCGCCCUCACCCCGACUUCCGGCAACCCCACUUUCCGCGUCUACUCCGUCGACCCCGUCACCUUCGGCAUCCUCGACUUCACCGUCUACAUCGCCAACAUGUCCUCCCCAACCUACCAGUCCAACCCCGUCUGGGAGAAAUACUACUCCGUCAAGGACGCCUACGGCGCCCUCCUCGACCCUCCCGUCACCGACGCCGCUGCCGAACUCACCCCGGCCUUCUGGCACAACGUCACCGCCCUGUUUGAAUCCGACGAUACCGUCUUCCAGGACUACUACGCCCGCAAGUCCCGCGGCUGGGACGUUUCGACCUGUACCGGCGACUGCAAGACCGACGAGAUCUGCCAGCUGCGCGCCGCGGAGGCCCAGUAUAAUUGUGUGGAGAUCACCCCCGGCAUUAGCUUCAAGCGCAAGCGCGACUCCUCUUCGACCUCGACCUCGUCUGCCUCGCAGGAACACCCUUGUGGUGAGUCGGUCGUCGGAAAUAUCUUUGCAAACUUUGACGGCGCAGUCGAGGCGUUGAUUCAGGCUGCUCAGGCGAAGCUGGGGUCGAGCUUCAUGAACUCCACAGUCAAUGCCACGGUCGUGUAG